UUUGUUCCCGAGACCUAAACCAAAUAAAUAAAUGCCCCGCUCUCUCUGCAGCUCACAAAAACCCAUGAAAGCCCUAAUUCCACAAUUUUCACUGCAUUAAAAGCUAAAUCAACCUUCAUUACCGUUUCCCCUUUACUCUAGCACCUGAAAAUUUCUCAACUUUGCACUUCAAUUUUGUCAUUUGCCAUUUGCCAUUUGAUCACCAUUAAACUUUUUUUUUUUUUUUUUUUCCUGCUCUUGGUUACUGUUUUGCGAGAUUUAACAGGCACUAUAUAUUUGUGUAUAUAUAUGUAUAUUCAACCCUGUUUUUAGAGCAGAUUGAUAUGACCCAACCGUCGGUGAUACUUGCAACAGCUAGCUAUGAUCACACAAUUCGUUUUUGGGAGGCCAAAAGUGGUCGCUGCUACCGUACUAUUCAAUACCCGGAUUCGCAUAUCAAUAGGCUUGAGAUAACCCCAGAUAAACGCUUCCUGGCUGCAGCUGGUAAUCCUCACAUUCGAUUGUUUGAUGUUAAUUCAAACAGCCCUCAGCCAGUGAUGAGCUAUGAUUCACAUACUAAUAAUGUGAUGGCGGUGGGGUUUCAAUGUGAUGGAAAUUGGAUGUAUUCGGGUUCUGAGGAUGGCACAGUAAAAAUUUGGGAUUUGAGGGCUCCAGGUUGUCAAAGGGAAUAUGAAAGCCGAGCAGCUGUCAACACUGUUGUACUGCACCCAAACCAGACCGAACUUAUAUCUGGGGACCAGAAUGGGAAUAUUCGUGUGUGGGAUUUAACAGCAAAUUCAUGCAGCUGCGAAUUGGUGCCAGAGGUCGAUACUGCAGUACGGUCUCUAACUGUAAUGUGGGAUGGGACCUUGGUUGUUGCUGCAAAUAAUCAUGGGACAUGUUAUGUUUGGCGCUUGCUACGAGGGACCCAGACUAUGACAAACUUUGAGCCACUUCAUAAGCUGCAAGCACAUAAGGAAUAUAUCCUUAAGUGCCUUCUUUCACCCGAGUUCUGUGAGCCACAGAGAUAUCUAGCUACUGCGUCUGCUGACCACACUGUCAAGAUAUGGAAUGUCGAUGGCUUCACAUUAGAGAAAACUCUAACAGGACAUCAACGCUGGGUAUGGGACUGUGUGUUCUCAGUCGAUGGCGCCUAUCUUAUAACAGCUUCGUCUGACACAACGGCGAGACUUUGGAACAUGUCAAAUGGCGAAGAAAUCAAGGUGUAUCAGGGACAUCAUAAAGCAACUGUUUGCUGUGCUCUCCAUGAUGGAGCCGAACCCUCUCCAACGUGAAUCUACAAUACUCUUAGUUUGCUUCAUGUGCAUGCGUGUAUUCUGAGCAUAUGGGAGCAACAUUUUUGUACAUUGAUUAACGUGUAUAUCUAUCUUUGUAUGAAAAGAUUUGUGUUGCUGUAAUGGGUGAUAAGUGUUUUUUUGCCAAUAAUGAUUGCUAUGGAAAGUCACAGAAAAGGUUAUCACAUAGUAGCAACUACGUGUAAUAUUAGCACAAUGAUGAAAACUUUUUAAUUUUUUUUAAUUAUUAUUAUUAUUACUUUUUUUUUU